AUGGGCUGGAAAAACAUCAAUGCCGUUGUGGAAAACAGGCUUUUCCUGGGAAACAUCAUGGCCGCACGCUCGACGCGCUCUCUGACAGAAAACCGCAUAACCCAUAUUGUUUCCGUUUGUACAGACCAUAUCCCCGCUGAACUACCAGAAGCAGGCAUAUGUCAUAUGCGUAUCGGCGUCGAAGACGUGGAUUACGCAGAUCUCUUAAUCCACUUGCCAUCCGCGUGUCGGUUCAUUGAUACGGCUCUGCGAUCCGGAGGUGCCGUCCUUGUCCACUGCGUGCAGGGAAUCUCCAGGAGCGCGGCCGUUGUUGCAGCCUACAUGAUGUGGUCUCGUCGCCUCAAUGCCACGCAGGCUCUAGAGGUCGUCAGACACGCACGCGACCAAAUCUGGCCCAACCCUGGCUUCCAGGAGCAACUUGUGCUCUUUGAACUGUGCCAAUACGCGCCUUCCCCUUCCAACGGCAUUUAUGUCAAGUGGCGAACUCAGUUGGAACGCCGACUCGCCGCUGCUGGCUUACGAUAA